AUGGCUAGCGACUCCUGCACUGAAUGCAUCAAGGGUUCAAUCCACGCUGGUCUCCCAGCCGGAACUAAAGAAACAAUCCACGGGCUAAACACCUACCUGACUGGAAACCGCACCACCCCUUAUGCAAUAGUAGUCAUGUAUUCUGAUGUCUUUGGCCUGUCCCUCCCCAAUAAUAAACUCAUCGCCGAUGCCUACGCCAAAUCCGGCGAGUGGCUCGACUACCUCCCUGAUUUCUUCAAGGGGGAUCGUGUCCCGCUAUCAAUGGCCGAGCACCUCAUCCCCGUUGAUGCAACGAAGCAGUCUGUUUUCCGGAAGUAUACGGGGCUGUUGGCCAGUAUACCUUCUUUCUUCAACUGGCAGAAUAGGCACCGCCAGGGGCCGACAGAUGCCAUCUGUAUGGAGUUCCUACGCGCUUUGAGGAGAGAGAGGAAGGGGAUGAAGAUUGGAAUGGUAGGCUUUUGUUGGGUUGGAGAGUAUGCAAUUGGAGCCGGGCUGGAAGAGAAUAUGAUCGACAUUGAUGGUGCGCGAGUACCGCUUGUCGAUGCGCUCGUGGCGCUUCAUCCGAGUCACUUGGCUAUCCCGGAUGAUGACAAAACGCUGGUUGUUCCUGUAUCCCUUGGGUGGAGGGCUGAGGAUAGUUUGGUUGACUUCAAGCAGAUGAAUAUGGUGAAGGGUGUGCAUGCAGAUAACAAGGCAUCUGGACGUGAGGUCCCGGGGAUUGCGCAUCACGAGUAUAAGCCUGGCCGCCAUGGUUUCGCAGUACGAGGCAACCCGGAUGACCCACAGGAAAGGAAAUAUCUGGAGGACUCGGUUACGCAGGUUCUGACCUGGUUUGGACGAUGGCUUUGA